AUGAACUUAGACUUGGCGACCAUUUCUGGUUGGCUUUACGCCAUAUCCUGGAGCGUCUCCUUUUAUCCCACAAUUUUGUUGAAUUUGAGAAUUCGAAGCGCCGAUUCCAUCUCUUUCGAUUUUGCUAUUCUCAACCUGCUUGGCUACUCGUGCUACACAGCGUCUAUCUAUCUUCAAGUAUUCAACAAUACGGUAAGGAAGCAGUUUGCAAACGCUUUUGGUGGCAACAUGCCGCUACUCUCCGUCAUUGAUCUCGCUUACUCCAUGCACGGCUGGAUUUUAACCGUUGUACUAUUAUCACAGAUCAUUUUGGGAAACCAGUGGUGGGGCCUUAAAAACACGAGAACCCUGUUCAAGUUCAGUAAGCUUGUCAAAGGUUACUACGCUGCAUUCGUUCUCCUUUUGCUGUACAAUAUUUAUUACAGGAAUGAGAAAAACCAGCUCCUGAACUUCACGUUGAACCUUUCCUACUGCAAAAUUCUUGUUAGCUGUACAAAGUACAUCCCACAAGUUAUACACAAUGCAAAGCGAAAGUCGAUGUUUGGUAUAUCGAAGAUGCAAAUUCUACUGGACCUUUCUGGCUGUUUCUUCUCUAUUGUUGAGCUUUUGCUGAGAAAUAAAACAACCUUAUGGAAGCUCUUAGAGGCGAAUAGAAGCAAGCUGGGCCUUAUAUUGGUCACAAUGGUAUUUGAUUUGAUUUUCCUAGCCCAAUUUCACCUGUAUAAGCCGCCUCGCAGAGAGAAGCCCAGUAUGAUGGAGAAGACUCCGGUUUAG